AUGGAUUACCCCGAGGAUCCAGAGGAACAGUUCUCGGAGAACAAGAACGUAGAAGAAGAGGGGGAUGAUAAAGGAAUAGAGAUAAUGGAUGAGGAUGAGGAAGAAGGCGAGGUGGAGGAAGAUAAAAAGCCUAAACUGGGCUGGGCUAAUCUCCCGGACGUGUGUCUGCGGCAGGUGUUCUGGUGGCUGCGGGACCGCGACCGUGUCAAGGCGGCCCUGGUGUGUCACCAUUGGCACCAUGUUAUGCGCUCUCCCUCCCUCUGGAGGGUUCGAAACUUCAACUUCUCCGGCCGCAUCUCCAGGACCCGCCGCUCGGAGCUGGAGACGGCCGUGUGUUACGUCAAGACCUACGGCUCUUACCUGGAGAACCUGGAGAUCCGCUUCUCCCACCCCCUCAACUCUCUGGUGUCCCGGCGCUUCCAGCAGACGCUGAGGACCUUCCUCGCCUCGCUGCGUAAAACCGGCGGCCGACUACGCCGCCUAACUGUCAACCACAUGGAGCUGGACCGCGCCGCCUGGUGCCGCAGUGUACGCAAGGCGCUGGUGCGCAGCCUCACCUUCUACCUGCGCCGCGAGGGCUCCCGCCUGGGCUACCUGAGCCUGCGGGGGGCCCGCCUUAACCUGCCCCAGGGCCUGGAGGUGCUGGAAGCCGUGGCUGCAGCUCAGCAGCACACCCACCUGGGCCGCCGGCCCGGCAUCACCCACCUCAACCUGGAGGACUUCUUCUCACAGCCGCUGGCCGUCUUCGUCAACCCUGCCUUCCCCCAGGUCAUGAACCGCUUCCAGGGCCUCUGUACCCUUACCCUCAACUACAGCUGUGUAUCGGACGAGCUGCUGGCGGCCCUGUCCGCGGCGUGUAGGAGCCUGGGCGGGGGAGGGUCCCUGCAGACGUUCACCAUACGAUGCCAUAUCCACGAGCCCCACAUCCAGGUGGUCUGGGGGGAUGCCUGGUCCCAUCUGGCUCAGCAUUGUCCUGACCUUCGCGUGCAGAUCACAGUGGAGCGGAUCCUCGACGUGGACAAGCUGGGGAGGAUUCUGCUCAGAGAGAUCCCGCUGCGCUUGCUCAGUCUCACCAGCUGCUACUUCAGUGAACAGGACUGGAGUGCCAAGCCUGCUCUUACCAACCUAGUUCCCUGCUACAGGAGCUGUUUACAGAAAUUGACCCUGGACCUGAACAACAGCCACGAGUCUGUGGACGAGGAGCUGCUGGAGGUGGUGCUGCUGUGCAGCCGGCUGGUCUUCCUGAAGGUCUGGGCCUUCCUGGACAUCAGCUUCCUGGACCGGCUGUUGCAGAAACGCCUGGAAAAGAAGACCAUCCUCAGGACCAUCAAGGUGCGCAUCUACACCAACAAAAAUGAGACUCAGGACGAGGAUGAGCAGCUGGAGGAGGUGUACUCUCGCUACAGACAACUCAUCAACUCAGAGCUCCACUACUUCGCCAUCUCCUACCCCAUGCUCUGACUCCUGCC